AUGUUUUAUCCUUACAUUAUCAUACUUUUAACGAGCCUACCACAUCAAAUAUUAAGCUUUUCAGGAUUGGACCACUUAGAAAAGCAUUUAAAUGAAAUAUCUGUCAAUAGUUAUGAUGAUCUUACUAAAUCGAUCAUUGCAGAAAACUUUCCAGAAUUUUCAAAUUCUUUGUUAUCCAGAGAUUGUGUUUCCCAGGCGUUGGAAACCUUUCUUCCUAUCUGCUUAGAAAAGGGAAUGGAAGCUGUUGACACAGAUAUACGUGUUAAUACAGCACUAUCGUUGUCUAUUUGCCAGUUUGAAUCCUCUAAGUUGACACUAGAUUUAAGAGAAAUAUGUUCAGCUCACAACCCAUUAUCUCAAUGUAUGAAUUAUUUAAAACUGGACCCAUCUUUAUGGACCACAUACAAUGGUUAUUAUCAAAAACUAUCUUCAAUCUGUUUUGAAAAUUCUUUGCCGUAUGAAAAACAACAAAUAUUGAAUUUAUUUUUAAAAAUUACAGAUUUUUAUUCCAAGUUCAAUAAAGAUAUUACCGUUAAUUUUAAGGAUUUAAGAGACGCCUUUUUUAAAGCAAAUGCCAAGGACUUUCAAAACUUGCAUGAUUUUUAUGAGGAACAUAUGAUAAAUUUGUCCGAAAAUUUUCGCAAACAAGCUGCUGAGUUCAAUGAAGUCUUUGAUGAUAUCAAGAGUUCUGCUACUGACGAAUUCAGUAGCACCUUUGAUGAUCUUUUGCUCAAACAAAAAGAAUAUUUUAGCGAUAUCUUUAAAGAAAAUGGCAAAGUGCACAAGGAUUUAAGCGUGUUAUGGGAAACAGACCACAAAAUAAUAAACAACCUUUCAAUUAUGCAAUCUAAUUUGGAUACAAAUUUUCAAAAUUUUGUAGAAAAUAUUAAUAAUAUACUAGUAACUCAAAUCGUCAAUGUGGAAAAUUUAGAAAAAGUACAAAACGCAUUAACUAUACAAAGUUCAGAUAUUUUAGGGAAUUUUGAAGAUGAUUUAUACAAGAUAAAAAUAUAUAAUAACCAAUUAUUUAGUGAAUUUCAAAAUUAUUUGAACUCAAUAAUGGAAAAUGAUUUAGGUAACCAACUAGUACUAAUUGUAGAAACAUUGGCCAACGUAUCUUUAUCUAAUAUUUUAGAAUUAAAUCAAACUUUUUCAGAAACUAUGAAACAUAUUGAUACCAGUCUGGAAAAAGGUGGGCAGAAAAUAAACAUUACUUUGGAGAAGACUAUUUUUGAAAUUGAUAAAAUCAAUCAACAACUGUCAAAAAUUGAUUGGAAAUUUAUAUCUUUUUUUACAAGCAUAUUUAAUUUUAAAUUUUUCCACAUAUUAUUGUUUAAAAUUGCUUAUUAUUAUUUGCUUUAUUUAUUACUCCAAAAAUUUAUUAAACGAGGCCUUAUAACUACUUCCAAAAUCCAACUAAGCAGUGAAAGUUUAAUUUUCGUUUUAGUUAUAAUGGCCAUGAGUUUAGGGGCACUUGUAGGAAUUCUAAUAACUAAAUUGGAAUUUUUUAUUAUUUUUCAAGAAAUUUUGUUGUAUACAAAAUUUUAUAUUAAGAAAUUUUUAAAUUAA